AUGCUGGAUGUUAAUGAUACACUUAAUCCUGUUUACACUCAAGAUGGUGAAAAACGACUUCGUACUAAAGUUGCUUGUGAUUACUGCCGCAAACGGAAAUCAAAAUGUAAUGGAGAACAGCCAUGUUCCAAAUGUUUAGAUAAAAAUAGGAACUGUACUUAUACGUUUGUUCAAAAAGAGCGGAAAAGGACGCAACGUAAACCUACUGCUGGUGCUGAAAACAAGAAUAAUGGAGCAAUUAGAAAAGCACGGACAACAAGUGCAGCAACAAUUCGACAGUUGACUUCUCGUAUUAAUGUAUUGGAGAGUUUAUUAGGCAGAUUGGUUGAUAAAUUGGAUCCCAAUGUCAAAUCUGAGUUAUCAGAGGAAUUACAAUCUAGUUCGUUCACAAAUGGCAAUAAUGAUAGUAGAGAAAAACACAACGGAUCUUCAAGCAAUUCCAGUGAUAACGGAGACGAUGAGGAGAAUGAUCUUCAAGAAGCCCACGAGGGUGAUGACAGUGAUGAUAAAAAUAAUAGCGAUGGCAGUAUAGAAUAUAACCAUAACGAUGAAAAUAGCAAACAGAUUGAUACAAAGAGCUCUAAUGAUAAUGAGGUUAGAAAAUUAAGAGAUAUGUUAGCACCAGCAGAGAAGAGCUGUGUUUCCAAUAUUAAAAAUCGAUUAAUGCAAUAUUUUGGAUCUCAUGCCCUUUUCUUUUCCAUAUCUGGCCGUGCGGUUGAGUGGUUAAGAUCACGAGUUCAAGGAAGUAAUGCUAACAAUAUGAAUGAUAUUUUUGCUCCCUUGAGACACGUUCCAUUAUCGCUAAAUGAUGCGGUGCAGAAAUCGACAAAAUUAUUAAAUGGUCCAGACGUAGAAACUGAUAAAAAACGACAAUUUGACGAUUUGGAAAAGUCAUUAAUAUUUGAAAUAAUCGAUAAAUAUUAUAAAGACCUCUAUUGGGCACCAUUCUUGUGUGAUGUGUCUACAAUUAGAGAAUUAUUUCAAAUUUAUUUCUAUGGAGCACAACGAAAUGAUGCAGCCAUUUUAGGCAAUAUUACUUAUAGUGAUUUAUUGAUUAUGAAUAUUGCUCUUGUGCUAUGUUUGGCCAAUAUUUCAAGAGAUGAUGUCAUUGAUAGUCUUGAGUAUCCAAAUUUAUCAACGAAAUCAGUCUCUUAUUUACAAAGUGAAUUACUAAACAAACUAUUCCUAAAUGCUAUGGGUGCAUAUGGUAAGGUUUCACGAAAUAGUGAUGGAAUUCGAUCGUUACAAGGGUUGGCAUUGCUCAUUCUUUACUUUGAAAUUAACUUUGUCACUGAUUUUCAUGUGAAUUACAGCAUAACCAGUGUUUUGAUUAGGUAUGCCAAGGAGCUGGGUAUACAUAGAGUGGAAACUCUAAACAAUGACAAUGGAGUUGAAGCUACUUUAAAAAGAAAAUUAUGGUGGUUUUGUGAAUAUAAGGGGGUUGAUAUAACGUACAAGAGUGGUAAGCCAAUCUUAAUCGAUAUGGACGAUGUCACUACAUUAACUGAAGUUGAUGACUUUUUCAUGUCGGUGCCCACAACAUUAUUUCUUAAUGGCAAGUAUUUGGAAAAUGCUAAUGACAUUGUUUUAAAUAGUCAGAUUCAUGGUGGUGAAUAUUAUUUUGCUUACUUCUUAUUGAUUUUAUCAAGAAUUAAAGCUAAAAGUUAUGCUAAAAUAUAUUCGAAAUUGCCGACGAAUAUCAAUAUUCAAGCAGCAUUGACAUUUGUCAAUGAGUUUGAUUACGAUUUAAGAAUAUUGACCAACUUGAUGCUGCCAAUAUUGGCAGCAACAACAACGAUAUCAUCACCUAAUAGCACCACUGUUAAGAAUCCUUUAAACCUAAGUGAGGGCUGUUUCAAUUAUUUUAAAGUUGAAUUACUUUUAUCACAAUAUGCUCAUCAACUUUCCAUAAACCGAGUACCAUUUGUGAAGAGUUUCGGUAUUAACGACUCUCGCUUGAUACCGUAUGGCAAUCAAUCAUUAGCUGGAGCUAGAUCUAUGUUGGAAUUGAUAAAGGAUAUUGGCCUGUUAAAAAUUUCUCAACGAAUGUAUUCCGCAUUAUCAUUUUACCCAUUGGCAGCAUUUUGCAGUUUACUUGGUAAUUGUUUAGUAUUCCCAAGUGAACCCAGUGCUGUUGAUAACUCAGUGUUACUUGCUAACGUUGCAAUAUCAUUUUUUAGACUGGAAGGAUGUAAUAAUAAAAUUGACAACAAAAGAUCGAUAUAUGAUAUUUUGGUAAGAUUAUUAUUGCGAGUAUUAAUUGACGCAUUAAAGAACUUAGCAAAAGUUGACUUAUACGAGAAAAUACCCGAAUUGGAAUAUCAUAUUAACUCCAUGUUUACAUUAUUCCCCGAAGUGUUUGCCAAUCAACAAGAUCAAAUUAUUUCUUUGAUGUCAGAGAGAAACUCUAAUAAUGAGAAUGCAAACCAGCAUUCUAACAUGAUUGAGAAUGGAUCAAGCUCUAUAGGUUGCAGCAGCAGUAGCACCAGUAGCAGCAAUACAAUUAUAGACAGUGAUUAUCAAAAAAUGGAUCUUGAUGUUAAAAAUUCAACGUCAUUACCACAAUCAUUUAUGAAUACACCUGGUAUGUUGAAUAUUGAUAAUGGGAACAUGAUGUUAAUGAAUGGUAACUAUGAUUUAUUCAGUAACAUAAACUUUGAGAAUAUUAUGAGUGAUGAAACAUUUAAUAAUAUGAUAUUCAGUGAGCUUAAUGAAUUGCCAGACUUUUUCAAUUCACCGUCUUUAGGAUUUAAUGAGCAAAAUAUAUAA